CUAGAAGGCUGGGAGGCUAGGAGGCUGGCUACAUGUACCUACACAUCUGGGCAGUUCAAGGCUUCAGUACUAAUAUAUAUUCCAUAUAUAUUCUAUAGUUUCCAAAGUCUUUUGCAACAAUACCUUAUUUGGUCAUCUGGAUUCCACAUCCUGCUGAAUCAAUGUGUAGAUAUGCUGUUAACAGCAUUUAAAAGCCUUUAUUUGUGAAUUCUGCUGUUACUCGAGUCCUCGGCAUGCAGGGAUCUCCUUCAAUGGAGAACAGUGAAUCAUCACGAGCACAAUCCGACCCUUUGGGGGGAAAUGUAAAUGGAUUUCCUUUUUACAAGAAUCCUCAUGAUCAGCCAAAGGUCUCUUUGUUCACACAUUGUUGCUUGAAAGACUCGCAUGGAGAUGAGCAUGACAUCCUGUUUGCCUACUGAGCAUGCCGGAUACAGUGCUCAGUCAGCAGAUUGAGCUUCUAGGAACAUCUCGUGACCCCCUGAUGAGGACUGCACACGCUGGUCUGUGAUCCAGUCGAUGUGGGCUCCAAAAACAGGAAGCGCUACAGCGGCCAUUUGAGCUUCAACAGCCCCACGAUGAAUCUGUGUCAAAGGAUGAUGGCUGAAGGGUAAUAUCCAAGAAGUCACAUUCCCUCAACCCAAAGUGACCCCACUUCCCCCUUUUUCACAUUCAUCUGCACUUUUGCACCCCCCCCCCCCGCCUGACUGCGUGUCCUAUCUCAGCCCUUUUCCAAAAGGGAUGUUAAUGGAAUGUGUGCAUUCCACAGUAGGAUCACGUGAAUUCAUUUUGAAUUGGACAAUUCUCCUCAUGACGCCUGACCAAAAAACAGGAUGACUCUCAAAUUUGAAAAGAUAACAAUGUGAUCGGAUAUCAACUUGUGGCCCAUCUGAGAGCUCAGUCUGUAGGAGUCCAUCUCUUGUUCCCUACCUGCAGCCUUUUCCACAUCCCACCCCUUCACGUGUCAGUGGGCCAUGGUUCGCAAGAAAGGUUCUCUUAUACUAUGCGGUGCUUUCCUGUUUGUUGCCUGGAAUGCUUUGCUUCUACUUUAUCUUUGGGGUCGUCCUCCCAUCGGCCGCCUCGGGGAAGGUGUCGGAGCCGAACCGGGAGGAAAGGAAGAGUGGGGCGUGGACGGAGGGAAAGGAGACCCGGUCAACCUGGCCGCGGAGGUGAUCCGGCUGGCCGAGGAGGUCGAGGUUCAACUCGAGACCCAGAAAGAGCUCCUCAAGCAGAUCGAGAGUCACAGGGCCGCGUGGGCUCGGCAGAAAGACGUCGGGAAAAGAGAUGCUGGCGAUACAAAGGAAGUCAAGCGGCAGGUUGACCACCAGCCACUCCAGUCGGCACCCCCUCCAAAAGACGGUGAGGAUGAACGGGACCAUCCCCACGUCAAACGUACACAAACGGCUGUUUACACGGUAGCUCCUGAAGCUAAGCUGGGCCGGCGCCAGGCCGUCCACCUGAAGGACGACGUCGGGGAGAGCGACACACUGGCCGCUCCCGCUGCCGGCCCACAGGUCGUCAUUCCCAUUCUCGUCAUUGCGUGUGACAGAGUGACGGUGAAACGGAGCCUUGACCGGCUGAUACAGUACCGCCCCUCUCCGGCACUGCAUCCCAUCAUUGUGAGCCAGGACUGCGGCCACGCCGAGACGGCCCGGGUGAUCGGCUCAUACGGAGAUCAGGUGACGCACAUCAGCCAACCGGACCUGUCGGACGUCAGGGUCCGACCGGAGCACAGGAAGUUCCAGGGCUACUACAAAAUAGCCCGACAUUACCACUGGGCGCUGAACCAGGUGUUCAACACGUUCUCCCAGUCGACUGUGGUCAUAGUGGAAGACGACCUGGAGGUGGCCCCGGACUUCUUUGAGUAUUUCCGAGCCCUGUACCCCGUCCUGCGCGCCGACCCCUCCCUGUGGUGCGUGUCCGCGUGGAACGAUAACGGCAGAGACGCCGUGGUGGACCCGUCCAAAGUGGGGCGGCUCUACAGAACCGACUUCUUCCCCGGCCUGGGCUGGAUGCUGCUGAAGGACAUGUGGGAGGAACUGCAGCCCAAAUGGCCCUCUGCAUUCUGGGACGACUGGAUGCGCCAACCGGAGCAGCGCAAGGACCGCUCCUGCAUCCGACCCGAGAUCUCCCGGACGAUCACCUUUGGCCGGAAAGGCGUCAGUUUGGGUCAAUUCUUCGACCAGUACCUCCGCUACAUUAAGCUCAACACUGAAUUUGUGCCUUUUACCAAACAGGAUUUGUCUUAUUUGCUAAAAGAGAAGUACGAUGAAAGGUUUAUAAAAGAGAUGUACAGUGCCCCGCUGGUGAAAUUUGAGGAUCUGCAACCAGGGGGCAGCUUACGAGGCCCUGGGCCGUACCGGGUGCAGUACUCGACCCGCGACGGCUUUAAAGUCUUUGCUCGGAAUCUGGGCGUGAUGGACGACUUGAAGUCUGGAGUUCCUCGUACAGGUUACAGGGGCGUCGUGGACUUCCUGUACCGGGGUCGAAGGGUCUUCUUGGCUCCACCAGAGGGCUGGAGCCACUAUGACGUCAGCUGGAGCUGAGAGGCGGUCCAGACCACGACGGGGAGAGAGCCUCUCAGACGCAUGAAGGGCCGAAGCAGCACCGACUGGGGGAGAUCCAGAGUUGACCCGGCCUGUUACAGAAUCCUGACUCCGGAUCAGCCGGUUCAACUGCCACACACACACCUCACGAAGAGAAUCCACCUGAAACAGCACUUUGAGCCUUCUUCAGGGCCCGAUGCAAACCGAACGUCAGGCCACACGAGGGCUCAUCUCGAGAACCCGUCUUCAUCCAGCACGAUGGCAGCUGUUGGAAUUGAUCCAACUCUUCAAGCCCGUGGACCAAUGCGAGGCCUCCAGCGUUUUAGAGGGCGCAUGAAGGCACCACGUCAUUCACGAUUAAAGACAUUUCACCAGAACUUUAACCAAUGAGAUUGCAAUUCGCUCUUUUUAAAGGAGUCCUUGAAGGAAACCAGCAAACCAAGUCAAAACCAACCUCAUCCAGGGAGAAGGAAGAAGCAGAGGCCUCAUCUGGAACAGCCCUGAUCCAGGACCAAGGGCUCCAUCUAUUGAAGUGGAACAAACCAUGUGGGCUCAGUCCCUCAUGAGCAGGAGACGGUGUAGCUCCUCUUCACAUGGCCGGUAUUGUUCCUGGUCAAAGUUCGUCGUUAUUUCACUAAGAUGACCUUCCGUCAGCUGAUUUAGGAUCGGUAACACAUUAAUGAGCUGCUUUAUUGACCGAGUGUGUGUCGGAGGAGGUUUGUCGUAGCUCUUCACAGGAAGGGGCGUCGCUUUGACCACAACUGUUCCUCUUUGGAAGCAGAGCAAAGAAUGAGAGCAAAGUCGUCAACCUGAGUGAGUUCAGGACGUAGCAGACGUAUCGGGGUGUGGGCGGAUCAAUAGUGUAAUCACAGGUGCUGCUGGUCUGGGAUCAGCUCAUGAACACAGGAGGAGAGUCCUUCAUGGUGGAGCUCCUGCUCAAGCUGGUCUUGGAAGGCCCGGUAUUCUUUUGUUGGUCAUGUCUGUAUUUAAUGUUUCUGGAGGUUGAAGAUAAUCCCCUUCCACUCCGAGGGGUUGAAGAAGAACACGGUGAACAUGAAGAAGGAACUUUAAUGCUAAGGUGAAUUGUCUUGAACUUGACGUUCUAACAAGUUUGCCAAGCUGCAAAUGAAGUGAUGAGUGACAUGUGACUGGUGACCCUGACAUCCUGACACGGUGACAUGACAUGCAACCCAUGUGUGGUCCUGUUGUGAAAGACCACGAUGCUCCACACGCUGAAGAGGGUUACCGCUGUCCUGUAACGAGUCUGUGGUGACGUAGAACCACUGCCUGAUGUGUUUAGAACUUUAAUACGAUAUAAAUAAAAUCAACUAUUUUGCUAUUUGCCCACA